GCUCUCAUUGGCUUCGCGUCAUAAUGGGCGUGUCCUCGCUGGCCACGGAUCUUGGGUUAGCUAAAGAAAGGCGUCGAACUGAGCGAGGUCCGGUUUCGAGUAAGGCGGUGAACUUUUCGUGCCAAGCGAAACGCAAAUGUCUCGUUUGAGAGGCGCCCGGGAGGCGGACUCGCUCCGCGGCUUCAGGACGCCCGAAAGCGAGCCCAGCGUCCCCUACGGACUCCUCAAGGCGGCCCGGCAGAGCGGAACCCUCGACCUGACCAAUCGGAACCUGACGGAAGUGCCGGCGAGCGUGUACCGUCUGAACGUGGACACGCCGGAGGAGGCCCAUCGCGACGUGUCGUUCGGCGCGUCGGAGCGCUGGUGGGAGCAGACCGACCUCACCAAGCUGCUGCUGGCGUCCAACCGGCUCAGCCGCUUGUCCGACGACAUCCGACUGCUGCCCGCGCUCGCCGUGCUGGACCUGCACGACAACCAGCUGCAGACGCUGCCGAGCGCUUUGGAGGAGCUGCGAGAGCUUCAGCGGCUGCGACUCGGUCACAACCGCUUGAGGUCUCUGCCACCGGAGGUCUUCGGUCUGGAGCGGCUCCGGAGCCUGACGCUGCAGCACAAUCUGCUGGAAGCGUUGCCCGAGGAGCUGGGACAGCUGGAGGCGCUCACUGAGCUGGACGUGUCCGACAACCGGCUGACGGAGUUGCCCCACGGCCUGGGCCGCCUCCGGCGCCUGCAGAAGCUCCACCUGUGUCGCAACAAGCUGGCCCGGCUGCCCGACAACUUGGCGCAGCUCACCGAUGUGAAGCUGCUGGACUGUAGCGAGAACCUCCUGAGCGACGUUCCCGCCGGCCUCUCGCAGAUGCCGGCGCUGGAGCAGCUCUACCUGCGACACAACAAGCUGCGCCGACUCCCGCCGCUGUGCGCCCCCGCGCUCAAGGAGCCGCCGGUCAACCAAGCGCCGCCAUUGUCGUCGCAGGAGCUGUACGCGGGCAACAACCAGAUCCAGAGCGUGGACGGCGAGCAUCUUUCCGGCACGAGCGCCCUCUCCGUGCUGGAGCUGCGAGACAACAAGAUCGAGACGCUGCCCGACGAGCUGAGCGCCAUGAACGCGCUCGCUCGCCUCGACCUCACCAACAACGACAUCGGCACACUUCCCGCGUCGCUCGGCCUGCUGCCCGACUUGAAGAUUCUGCUGCUGGAGGGAAAUCCUCUGCGUGGGAUCAGGAGGGACCUGCUGACUAAAGGAACCGCUGAGCUUCUCAAGUACCUCAGAGGAAGAUUGAAAGAGGAGCCCGACAGCGCCGCCGACGUGCCCACCGCCAUGACGCUGCCCAGCCAGGCCGCCGUCAACGUGCACAACAUCAAAACGCUCAAGUUGCUGGCCUACAGCAACAGGAAGGCGGAGCUCAUCCCGGACGAGCUGUUCGGGGCGGCGGCGGGGCACGCCGUCACGUCCGCCGACUUCAGCAAGAACCUGUUGAGCGACGUCCCGCCCAGGUUGGCCGAGUGGCGAGCGUCGCUGACGGAGCUCAACGUGGCGUUCAACAGACUCGUCCGCUGCGACCUGGUCUGCUCUUUGCCGAACCUCGUGCACCUCGACCUCGGGAACAACCAACUGACGGAUUUGCCAGGCGAGCUGAAGAACUUGACUAAACUUCACUCCGUCAUCCUCAACCACAACAAGUUCAAGUCCUUCCCGGAGGCGCUGUACCGCGUGCCGUCCCUGGAAACCGUCCUGCUGGCCAACAACCAGGUGGGAGGCGUGGACCCCGCCCGCCUGCUGGGGCUGGUCCGCCUGUCCACGCUGGACCUGUCCAACAACGACCUGCUCAACGUGCCGCCUCAACUGGGCCUGUGCACCACUCUCAGGUGUCUGAGUCUGGAGGGAAAUCCUUUCCGGACACCGCGCGCCGCCAUCGUGGCCAAGGGAACGGACGCCGUGCUGGAGUACCUUCGCAGCCGCAUCCCCGCCUGACCUUUGACCUUCUGUAAAGCCCCCCCCCCCCCCCCACAUUUGGACAACUGUCCUUAAGUCAUUAAAGGCACUUGAUCGACUUCA